UUCUUCCCACCAACAGCCGCCACUUGAUUGGCUAAACAAUUUCGAGAGCCCAUCCAUCUCCGUCGCCCGGCUGAUUCUCGAUCUCCUACGUCUUUCAACCUCUGCCAAUUCUCAGUCCACCCUCUUUUCACUCUCCGCGCAAACCGACGCUCCCCAAUCUCGGUCCACGAACCCGCUCAAUCCCUACCGAUACCAAGCAGCGGACCAAUCGCUCCUCUCUCGCCUGCGCGUCAUACCCCUCUCCGUCUCAGGUUCCCUCGAACACGCCUCGUCCUUCCUCCGAAUGGUCCGCGUUUGAGAGAGAAAGAGACAGAGCAGUCCCGCGAAACAUCCCCGCCGCGCCGCGCCGCCGACCGGCUUCUUCCUCGCCCAGGCCGACAUGAGCGCAGAGCAGAGCAACAAUAAUGCGGCCAGCUUCCACCUCGCUCUUGCGCCCUCACCGACUCGAUAAUGUCUGUCGUCAAUGCGUCCGGAAAACCUUUGGCGCGGGGGCCGGCAGUAGCAGCCGCAACACCAUCAGCUCUCUGCCAUUGAUCACGAGCCGGGCCGCCUCGACGACGGCUGCAAAGGCAGCACCCGCAGUGCGUCUCAGCGCGAGCUACUUCCUCUCCAAUAGCGUCCUCGACCGCACGAAUGCCCGGCCCCGACCCCUCGGCAGCAGAAGCUCUUCCGCCUCCGUGGCGCCCUCGUCUUCGUCUUCCUCCUCCUCCACCGCGCGCUCCGAGUCGACGACACCAAUUGACGUGAACCAUGAUCUGCCGCAUCGCCGCCGCCAAGCCGCAAGACGCAAAGCCGCCGCCGAAGCAGCCGCCGCCGCAUCCUCCUCCUCCCCCGACGUCCUCCCUUCUCAGGAUGCCUCCUCCGCCCUCACCAGCGUCGCCGCUCAACAACCCGCCCACUCGGCCCGCCGCAUCUUCUCCACCCUCCUCUCCCUCUCGAAACCCCGGCUGUCCGCCCUCGUCGUCCUCACCGCGAUGGCCCCUUACGCCCUAUACCCCGUCACCGACUUCCUCUCCCCGGCCAUCACCGAGUCCCCCUCCCUGAGCCCGCUGACGCUCCUCUUCCUCACCACCGGCACGGCUCUUUGCUCCGCCUCGGCAAACUCUCUGAACAUGCUCUACGAGCCCAAGACCGACGCCAAGAUGUCGCGCACGCGGAACCGGCCCCUCGUCAGGAACCUCCUCUCCACGCGCGCCGCCGUCCUCUUCGCCGUCACCACCGCCGUCACGGGCGUAGGCGCCUUGUAUUUCGGCGUCAACCCGACCGUCGCCUUCCUCGGCGGCGCAAACAUCUUCAUCUACGCGGGCAUGUACACCCCCAUGAAAGCCUUCAGCGCCGCAAAUACCUGGCUAGGCGCCGUCGUAGGCGGCAUCCCCCCUCUCAUGGGCUGGGCCGCCGCCGCGGGCGAGACGGCCUCGGGCGACGGGUCCUGGCGGGAACUGCUCUUCGCCAGCGACGGCAGCUCCAUCGGCGGUUGGCUCAUGGCGAGCUUGCUCUUCGCGUGGCAGUUCCCCCACUUCAUGGCGCUCUCGUGGUCCAUCCGGGAAGAGUAUAAAGCCGCCGGCCUGCGGAUGCUGGCGUGGACGAACCCUGCGCGCAACGCGCGCGUCGCGCUGCGGUAUAGCAUCGCCUUCAUUCCCAUCUGCGUCGGGCUCUGCGCCGCGGGCGUGACGGAGUGGAGUUUUGCCGUGACGAGUUUGCCCGUCAACGCGUGGCUUACGCGCGAGGCGGUGCGGUUCUGGAAGUACGAGGGACAUAAGGGGUCUGCGCGGGGUCUGUUCUGGGCGAGCGUGUGGCAUUUGCCUGUUGUCAUGGUGUUGGCGCUGCUGCAGAAGAAGGGUAUGUGGAGCCGGGUGUGGAAUAGCGUUGUUGGCGUGGAUGAUGACGAUGAGUGGGAGGAUGAUGAUGAGCUGGAUGAGAUGCCGGUUACGUUGCCUGUGCCGCGGGAUAGGUGAUGCGGCUGGCGUGUGGUUUUGUAGUAGAGAACUCGGGAUAUUGUAUGAUAGUGUUGCUCGUUUGCCUCGUUGGGGGGGAACCAUCAAUACCCAUAGUGGUGCUCCGGUCUUAGAUUUCCGGGUUCAAAGAUAUAAACACCUUUCUCUGUAAAUCCAAUGUUUGCUCCAUACGGGAAGACGGAAAAGCGCGGGUGUAUUUCUUCAAAAUG